AUGGCUACUACUGAGUCUCAUCCUGGAGUCCAUAGCGUCUCCAUCCAGCGUUCCCGGUCUGCCCGGCUAGCUGAUCAAGCUGCGACAGCUGCACUCUAUGUGACGCACCCCGAGCGUAGACUGUCCGUUCGGGAACCCGCUACCUUUGAAUCGCAACUGUUCAGAGAUCCGAAAGCGACGGGCUCGCUCAACCUCAGCCAUGCAUCAGCGAGCGCUGCUCUUGCCCACGCGAGGAGUCAUCACAAAAACUUAACAACUGACAGGCCCGGCGCAGUAGGAUAUCAGACCCAGGACACACGAACUGCUGAGGCUCCCGUGGCUCGACCCAGCCCGGAAGGGUACAAAGCCGCCAUUACCGCAGUUAGAGACCGGAGAGCCAUCACGAGUCUUCCUCCGGUGACCACUGGCUUUAAAUAUGACAUCUCGACGACAUCCGACCAGGUCUAUGAUAUCCAGCGGGAGAGCUUGGACAGGGACAAGGCACUUCGUGCCGCUACCGGCGCGUACCGACUCAGCAGGAAGAGGGCCGACUCCGCACCCAGCAAACCUACAAUGGCUCGUGAAGCGCCUUAUGCGGCUUCAGCGGCUGGCAGUGUGAAGCCUGCGCCGGAAGUGGAAGACCCACUUGCACAUAUUGACAGCUCGAUGGAAGCCAGCAGGAUUCAUCACAUGGCUAAUGCCAACGCGCAACUUUACACUGAGCACCCUCCUAUUGGUCUCGAGGAGCAAGACCGAAAGGACGUGCUUCGAGCUGCUGCUAUCUCGAUGGCGCGCGAUAUGUACGAUAUUACGGAGAAAAGAGAGGAAGUACCGACCGGAGAGCCUAGCGCAGCCCUCUACGGUGCUCAGCGAGGCCUCAGCCGCAUGCGCUCCCAGCGAGCCGUUCCCAAGUCCGAUCCAGCGGCCCUUAAGCAGGCUAUCAAAGUGCAAGAAGCGGCUCAACAGCGGGCUGCGGAGAAAUUGGCUAAACUCAAUGAACCAACUUAUCAGGAGUAUUAUGGGGUUGAACCGCAUGUUCCGCGGCCCACCCUGUCUAUCCGUCGCAGGAGAGCGUCCUUCGACUCGGACACAUCAGCUGCUGAUGCCGAGCGAUCAAGGGAGAUCAGGCACCAGAUGUCCAGCCUUCGAUCGCGACUCGAUGCUGUAGAUGAACAAAGAACGAAAGACCGUGCCAGCUUGAUGGAGGCCGCAAGGCGAAACGUCAAUGCGACCAUCCAAGAUAUGGAGAUGCGUGUCUACCACGAAACAGGCCGGCCUCCGCCAUCGAUGCAGAAAGAAUGGGAGGAGGCCGCUCAUGAGCGGGCACAACGCGAGGUCCAGGAACAAGAACCCUACAGACCAUACGACAAAGUCAAUAUUGGCGCUGAAAGAUACAUGGAUAUGGCCGACGUGGAGGCGGUCGCCCGUUCGAGGCUUCAGCCAACCUUCGAUGAGAUUACGGAUCGUGCCGAGAAGGAGAGGGCCAGGGAAUUGGAAGCUCGUUUGGAUGCCGAAGAAAGGGAGCGAUAUGAGGCCAUUGCGCGUGAGCGGGAGCGUGAAACGAGGGCUGAGGAGAAACGCCAGCUAGAGAUUCAAAAGCGGCAGAUGAAGGAGAAGACUACAGGAGAAAAGACAUGGCCCUGGAGAAGGAAGUCGAAGCGAACGCAAGACACUGAACAAAAGCCUUCGGCUGAGGAAGAGACUGAUUAUCGCGGCCCCGGUGUAGUGGCACCUGCACCCGCACCUCAGCCUGAAGCUGCACCUCAGCCCACCACUCCUCCGGUUGAGGCUGCAUCUCAGGUGGAAGCUGCGCCUGCGGCUGAAGCUCCCCAGGCUGAAGCUCCCCAGGCUGAAGCUCCCCAGGCUGAAGCUCCCCAGGCUGAAGCUCCCCAGGCCGAAGCUCCCCAGGCCGAAGCUCCUCAGGUUGAAGCCCCCAAGGCCGAAGCUCCCCAAGCGGAACCUGCUACGACUGAGGCCGCUACCCAAGCCGAGGCGCAUCCCGUAGCGCCACCUGCCAUUAUCGAUACUGUACAACCCCAGCCUGCUGAAGAUGAAGCGAAUAUUGUCGCGCCAGGGACUGCCGGAGAGGAAGAACAUCGGCUUGAGCGACGGGGAUCCAGACUUAAAACUUGGUUCAAAGGCCGGGUGGGUCGCCGAUCUAAUGGCGCGGAACGUGAGUCUCUACGAGAGGUAGAAGGCGAGGGAGCAAGAACCGCAAACACAGGGUUCGCCGGAGGUGCGGCGCUGGCGGGGACAGAUUCACGCGGUGCGGCACUCGGAUCUCAUCCUGUCACAGGCAAUGAUCUUGCCACAAUGCAGCAGAGAAUGUCAGUUGACGAAGGCAGUCUAGGAAACGACGCCACGCGGCGUGGCUCAAGCGGCAUAGCUGAGCAGAAUGGUGAGAACAGGAAGCCAUCACGCCUGAGAUCCAGCUUCAUGAAGAUUGUCUCUGGCGGUUCCCAGGAUAACAAGACUAACGGUGUAUCGAAGCCGAGUGACGAUCAUCGGACCGCUUCAGAACCUGCAGAGAGUGGCGUUCGCAACCCUGAAGGCUCCAACGCAUCCACCGCCACAAAAGAAGAACUGCGAGAGAGCGCCGCUGACCACGGGCUGCCUGUGCCCCCAGCCAUUGGCAAGCAUGCCACCAACGGUAGUCGUGAGUCACGGUUCUCCGAGGACUUGUGA